CAAAUAGGUGCACGCUUGUAAAUCGUUAAUAUGUUAAUAUAGAAUGCUGUACGCUUCUGUAUGCAUGCAUCUCCAUCAUUCUUGUGUUAUUUGGAGCAUGCAGCGGCUGAUUUAAGCGUCUUGUUUUGCUGGAUGAAGGUGGACGUUUAGGACACAACAGGUUCUUAGCGCUUCUUUUAAGAAUAGGAGAAAAAGAAGAGACUGUCAUGUCUUCGAGGGAAAGACUUAAAGAGAAGAUGAUCAAAGAAAGCGUGUCUCUGCUGCCAUGCUUUUAUUUCGUUGAGCUUCCUCUUCUGGUCUCAUCUGUGGCCAGUGUGUAUUUCCUGGAAUGGACAGACAUUUUCAAACCGGUCUGCUGGGGUUUCAGCUGCCAGGACCGCAGUUUGAGUCUGCCUUAUAUCGAACCCACACAUGAGGUCAUUCCAUUCCUAAUGCUCCUCAGCCUUGCCUUUGCAGCUCCUGCCAUUACGAUCAUGAUCGGAGAGGGGAUUCUGUUCUGCUGUCUGUCCCGAGCACAAUGUGGGGGAGGGGCUGAAGCCGAUAUCAACGCGGCCGGCUGCAACUUUAACUCUUUCGUCCGGCGAGGUGUCAGGUUUGUGGGGGUUCACGUGUUUGGCCUGUGUGCCACAGCUCUAAUAACUGACAUUAUUCAGCUGUCGACGGGUUACCCUGCCCCCUACUUCCUGACUGUGUGCAAGCCCAAUUACACCUACCUCAACACCUCCUGUGAUGAAAGUUCCUUCAUCUUGGAGGACAUCUGCUCAGGAUCUGACGCUGCUGUCAUCAAUGCUGGCAGAAAAUCCUUCCCGUCUCAGCAUGCCACACUGGCGUCCUUUGCUGCCGUGUAUGUCUCGAUGUACUUCAACAGCACGCUAACAGACUCCUCCAAACUGCUGAAGCCUCUGCUGGUGUUCUCCUUCAUCAUCUGUGCCAUCAUCUGCGGCCUGACCCGCAUCAUUCAGCACAAGAAUCAUGCCAUUGACGUUUACUUGGGCUUCUUGCUUGGAGGCAGCAUUGCUGUUUACCUAGGUUUGUUUGCUGUUGGAAAUUUCCAACCCAGUGAGGAGAACCGAAAAAAUCAGCUUCAUGUUCGGGAUUCUCACCAAACUGUGACUGACCUCUGCCAGCAGGGUCACCACCUCCCUGCCAAGAGCUGUAGUGGCAGUGACGGGCUCUCGUCAUCGUGCUCAGAGGGCAUCUUACACCGCAACACCCAGCACCGCCAGGCAAGAUCUCUUAGCAGCCUGAAGAGACUCGGUGGAAAUGUAGAGGCCAUCACUCCCCGCAGUACUCCACACAAGGAGAACAUGGUGACCUUCAACACCCUGCCCAGAGUCCAUACGCCCACCAUGGACGAGUCUGCCUUCCGCAAUGCCACCAUCCACUCCUCCUCUGUGGAUUCAAGUAGAUCCAAGCUGCUGUUGUCGCAAUGGAAGAGCAAAAAUGAGAACCGUAAACAUUCCCUGCAUACCACCGAAGGUGGAGCCGGACAGUCUCCGCCCAACAGCAUGGAGGUCCGCUGCAGCUCUGAACCACUGACUGUGGGAACCAACAGUGAACACCAGGCACCUGGAACGCCGUACCUCAAACUGGCUACUGGAAGUACGACUCUACCCAGCAACCCUAGCGGAAUCACUGGUGGCACUCGGAUGCCCGUCCAAUCUCGUCCAGGUUCCUCGCAGUUGGUGCACAUCCCAGAGGAGACGCAGGAGAACAUGGGUGGUUUGCCAAACAGCAGCAAUGUUCGAGACAAAUGGCUGAUGAGCAUGGAAAGGAGUGUGGACAAGGGUGAAGUACCAGUGGUUAGGACUAACUCUAAUGGUCAGCCACGAAUCAUGCAGGUCAUUGCGAUGUCCAUGCAGCAAGGUCUACUGCAAGGAAGCUCACCCAGUUCUGAAAGUAGUAGUCACACUAGCUCCACAGCACCAUUGCAGCGCUACAAGAGCUUGACCGAGGAAUCUGGAGGCCAGAGCAGCACAGGUGGGGCCAUCAUAAGAGUGGAAGCCCAUCCAGAAAACGACCAGCCCUUAAUGCAUGCACACUCCACAAAUGGAAGUGGCUCUUGGACCUGGAAGUCCCAGAGUAGCUUUAGACAAUCAUUUGAGCUUAACGACUUAAAUCGAGAUUCAGAGAGCUCGGAAUCCGCUCGGGACGGGAAUAGCUCUACGGACAGAAAGAAGAAUGGUCCUAAAGUCGUUGCUGUGCCAACUGUUCCCACCAUUUCCACAUCAGGCAGGGACCACCACCACCCCAACCAAACCAUUUCCACCAUCCGGGUUACUCCUAUGGAAAUGACCGAGUCUGGGCCAGGGAGCUGCGAAUCUAGCUUGCAGAGAAAAAACAGGAUCCUGAUCCCUGAAAGAGGAAACAGCCCGGACACCACCAGGAAUAUUUUUUACAAGGGAACGUCAACCACACCGGCUUUCAAAGAGCAGACAGACAUAUUUACCUCUAAAACAAAGACAAAUUAAAAAAAUCUUUAGAGGUUGGGAGUGUUUUCGUUUAAAGAUUUGCUAUAUAUUUUCUGUAACACUUUAUGGACAAUAAGGUUCUAUCAUUUAAUAUUAAUUGACAAAUAGUGAACAUAAACUAACAAGGAAUAGAAUAUCUUUAUUGUCAUUAUAUAAGUUCAGUUAUUAUUGCACAGGUACAACGAAAUUAGGUUUGCGACUCUACUUACGAUACUAUAGAACAAUACUUUUACAGCGUUUAUUAAUCUUGGUUAAUGUUAAUUUAUUUAGUAAAACAUUUUUAACAUUCAAAGUUGAAUACUCUACGUUAACACAAAUAGUGAUGCAUUAUGAGCUAACAAUGAACAAUAGUAUAUUUAUAAAAUAAAAUAAAACAAAAAAUAAAGGUGUCAAAAAAAGAUUGUUCAUUGUAAGAAAAAGUAAUGCAUUAAAUAAUGUUAACAUAUAGAACUUUUUUGUAAAGUGUUACCAUUUUUCUUUCACAUUUUCGUUCCUUUUUUCUUUGUUUUUCUGAUGACUCAUACCAUUACGUGUUACGCAUGAGAUGAUUCACUGAAUAUAUAAAAUAUAUAACAGCAGAAAAAGCACAAAACCCAAGCUGUUGUAAUUCUGAUCAGUUUUGUGAUAAUGUUGUGACAUAUACUGUCAUAUUACUGUAUAAAUGUAUAGCGGCAGUAAAUCACAUGGAAAUGAUUUUACCCUCACUGUGAACCUAGAACUGUGACCGUGCCAAGUUUGAACUGAAACACUUUAAAGGAAAAUUCCGGGUUCAAUACAAGUUAAGCUCAAUCGACAGCAUUUGUGGCAUAAAAUUGAUUACCAUAAAAAAUUAUUUUGACUUGCGCCAAUGGGGCCACUCUGUAAAUGUUAAAAUAUUCACAAUUUCAAAAGGAUAGCCACAAGGCAUAAACAAUAUGCAUGUUAACAUGAUCUUAAUGUGAUAAAAUCGAUUACUAACCUUUUUGUGGAAAGUUAUAACCAAUUUUACAACUUCGUUGCCAUGGCGAUGUAAAGUCAACAAACCCUAAAACCUUAAAAUGACUGUAAAAAUUAUGACAACGUUACAGCUCAAAUAAUAGAAACGUUUUUACAGAAGAAUUCAUGUAAGUGCUUUUAUAAAAUUAUAAGCUUCAAAUUUCUGCCUUUAAGCCCACCAAAAAUUGGCCCCCUUCAGUUCCAUUGUAAGUGCCUCACUGUAACCCAGAUUUUUGCUUUUUUUUUUUUAAAGGACGGACGAGUAGAAAUAAUUUUUUUGUGGUUAUCAACAUUAUGACACAAAUGCUGUCAAUUGAGCUAAACUUGUAUUGAACCUGGAAUAUUCCUUUAAGCAUUUAUCAUCUCAGAUAUCGCUAAAGUUUGUGAUUUUUCAUAUGGUGUUAAUAAAUCAUACAUUCAUGCAUACACUGAUAACUAUGCUAGCUAAAACUCUAAUUUUUGUAUUCUGUAAAUAGCUUUUAAAAAUGGUGCUGCCCCUAUACAAAAAGACAGGUAAGAAAAAACAGACUCUUGGAAAAAUGGAAAAUGUUAUUGCUUUCCUAUCUGUUCACUCUCAAAACUGUGUCAUGUGAACUUUCUAAUGACCGUAAGUGCUUAGAAUAUUCUUUGUAGCAAACGAUAGUCUCUAAAUGACAUGCACUUCACGUUUACUACUUGCAAUACAAAUAUUUAUUUCUCCUAUUGUCACUGGAUCCCAAUCAGGUGCAAUGUGAUAACCUUUCAGCAUCAAGUCUGCUGUCUACACUAAAUGCGAAAAUGCUAUGGCACACUACACAAUGACAGACAAACAGAGCAUAUUUAAUGUUUAAUAUAAAUUUAUGUAGAGCAGAAUUUUGGACCAAUGAGAUUUCACUGUGGGCUGGACUACCCAGUGCAACUAAGCAACCUAAAAAAUGUCCUGUUGCUUUAUCACAUUGUGCCUGAUUAGGACACUAUGUGAGAGUAUUAUUGUAAAAAGCUCAUCUAAUGUUUAUCUUCCACUCUACUCAAUUGUAUAUUUGCAUACAAUAAUCAUUUUUUACUUUUUUUUCCUAUUGACAAUUCUGACAAUUCUUUUAGCUCCAUUUCCAGAUUUUAAAGCCAAACAGAUAUAUUAUAUUUUAUAUUCUUUUGUGUAGCCCACAUAAAAAAAUAAUUAAAAUAAUUAAAAAUGGCUUUACUGUUCAGAGGUUUUAAAAUGAAGGCAAAAUGAAAACAAGAGUGGCUUGUUGAAUCGAGUGCCAUUUUAGCUACUACUAACUAUAGCAAACAUAGAGUCCAUGUUAAUAAACUGUGUAAAUUUUUACAAACUGUACAUUUAUGUGCCAAAGUGUAUUUUAAAGCAAAGAUUCUCUGUUUUAAAAAAAUUAUAUAGAAGUCUGUAUUCUUAUAAACUGAUCCACAAACUGUGUCAGCACAGCUGCAGCCAAUGCAUGGUAGUUUGAUAUUUCACGUUUUUUUUUUUUCUUUCCUUUUAGUAAAUGAUGCAUUUAUGUAGCAGCUGCAAGUGUAAUUAUUUCUACCGAAUAUAGAACACUUGCUGACAAUCUUUAUUGAUUAGGUUAUUUUAAAUCACAUCAGAAUACACUGUAAUAUGUUACUGUAUCUCUUAACAUGGCAGAGAUUGUUUAGGUUAAUGUGUAAUGAUGAUGUUAGAAAUGCAUUAAGCAUGCUGGUAGCAGUGCGUGUGUGUGUGUUAAAGAAAAUUUUAUUCUGUUGCACUCUGUGUAGCUCAUCAACACAGUGAUGUGAGGUUCAGUUUGGAUCGGAAUGAAUCCAAUCAGACCUGUUACAGUGAUGUUAUGUGUUAAUGUUACAGCAAACUGACACAGAACAAAAAACAUAAAGCUCUGUUUAAUGUACGUCGCCUCUAGAAGACAGUCCGUUUCUAACUUUACAUGUUUCUGUUUUACUCAAGUAACAGGUUGGACGAAGAAAAACUGUGCUGUAUUAGUGUUUGAAUAAACAUUUGCUA